AUUACAUCUCUCCUUCAGAGAAACCACUCUCCCACUCCUCUGAACCUCCAUCACAAUGUUCAGAAACGCUUUGCGGCAGUCUAGCCGCACCGUCGCGGCCGCCUCUGCCACUGGCAGGAUCGCUUCGGCUCGCGCGGCUGUUCCCGGCCCCAUCUCUGGUGCCUCCAAGCAGAUCCGUUCCUACGCUGCUGAGGCCAAGGCUGCUCCCACUGAGGUCUCUUCCAUCCUCGAGCAGAGAAUCCGUGGUGUUCAGGAGGAGGCUGGUCUUGCCGAGACUGGACGUGUCCUUUCCGUCGGUGACGGUAUCGCUCGUGUCCAUGGCAUGACCAACGUCCAGGCUGAGGAGCUGGUCGAGUUCGCCUCUGGUGUCAAGGGUAUGUGCAUGAACCUCGAGGCCGGCCAGGUCGGUGUCGUGCUUUUCGGUUCCGACCGUCUCGUCAAGGAGGGUGAGACUGUCAAGCGUACCGGAGAGAUCGUUGAUGUCCCCGUCGGUCCUGAGAUGCUCGGCCGUGUUGUCGACGCUCUCGGUAACCCCAUCGACGGCAAGGGCCCCAUCAACACCAAGGCCAAGAGCCGUGCUCAGCUCAAGGCCCCUGGUAUCCUGCCCCGUCGCUCCGUCAACCAGCCCGUCCAGACUGGUCUGAAGUGUGUCGACGCCAUGGUCCCCAUCGGCCGUGGUCAGCGUGAGUUGAUCAUUGGUGACCGUCAGACCGGUAAGACCGCUGUCGCCCUUGAUGCCAUGCUGAACCAGAAGCGUUGGAACAACACCUCCGACGAGAGCAAGAAGCUGUACUGUAUCUACGUUGCCGUCGGUCAGAAGCGUUCCACCGUCGCUCAGCUCGUCAAGACCCUUGAGGAGAACGACGCCAUGAAGUACUCCGUCGUCGUCGCUGCCACUGCUUCCGAGGCUGCUCCCCUGCAGUACCUUGCUCCCUUCACCGGUUGUGCCAUGGGUGAGUGGUUCCGUGACAACGGCCGCCACGCCGUCAUCAUCUACGAUGAUCUUUCCAAGCAGGCCGUCGCCUACCGUCAGAUGUCUCUGCUGCUCCGUCGUCCCCCCGGUCGUGAGGCCUACCCCGGUGACGUUUUCUACCUCCACUCCCGUCUCCUUGAGCGUGCUGCCAAGAUGAACGAGAAGCACGGUGGUGGUUCCCUCACUGCCCUCCCCGUCAUUGAGACCCAGGGUGGUGAUGUGUCCGCUUACAUUCCCACCAACGUCAUCUCCAUCACUGACGGUCAGAUCUUCUUGGAGUCUGAGCUGUUCUACAAGGGUAUCCGUCCCGCCAUUAACGUCGGUCUGUCCGUCUCCCGUGUCGGUUCCGCUGCCCAGGUCAAGGCCAUGAAGCAGGUUGCUGGUUCCCUGAAGCUGUUCUUGGCUCAGUACCGUGAGGUUGCUGCCUUCGCCCAGUUCGGUUCCGAUCUCGAUGCCUCCACCAAGCAGACCCUCAACCGUGGUGAGCGUCUCACCGAGCUGCUCAAGCAGAAGCAGUACUCUCCCAUGGCCGUCUCCGACAUGGUUCCCCUGAUCUACGCCGGUGUCAACGGUCACCUUGACUCCAUCCCCGUCGCCAAGAUCCUCCAGUGGGAGACUGACUUCCUUGCUCACCUCAAGAGCAACCACCCCGAGAUCCAGGAGACCAUCGAGAAGGAGGGCCAGGUCAGCAAGGAGCUCGAGGCUCAGCUCAAGGAGAUCAUCCCCAGCUUCAACAAGUCUUUCAACGCAUAGACAAGAUAGCUUGUACAAUUUGAACCCACUAUUUUAUUUUGCUGUUAACCAGAGCUUCGGAUCGGCCGAGAUAUUCUGAGAUGUAGUCCACAUCUACGCGAUGGUAUUCCUGGCGGAUCUCCCGUAGCUAUGGGGCGGGGUAAACCGGUGGGCGCAAGAAAGGCAAAAAAGAUACGAUUAAUAUCCUGUACGUUUAGAUCAUUUCGCGCGAC